AUGAACAAAGCGGAUUAUUUGGCGUUUCCAGCAAUUGUUGGGACAAGUGGCCAGUACAGUAACAUGAGGAAGAUAUGGGAUAAUCAUCACUACAAAUACCACAUGGACAGAAUGGCGAAUGUCAAAUCAGUUGUGGACAAUAAAGCUCCUAGAACGUACCUUCACUGCCAUCUGAAGAUGAAAAAAAUUCAGCUUGAGCAGGAGCGGUUCAUGGAUAUAGAGAAAAACAACAGGCUGCUACUGUACAGAAUCGCCCAUACUAAGGCCGGCGGUGGUCAGGAUAACUGGAAUGUAUACAAGCCCAAGCACAGUGUGAACACAGAUUUUAGGAAAAGAGAACUGGUGAAAAUCUCUCUGGAAAACCAGGUCAUCCUCAAGAGGAUAAAUAUGGCCAAGUCGGUGUACGAUCACAAGAAGUGGCUUGACGAUUAUAAAGUUACAGGAGGAUAUAUGUCUCGAAUUUCGAAGUACCCGCAAGAACCAAAGCCAGUUAAGAUGCUGUCACCAUUGCACCUCCUCAAAUGA